AUGCAUUCCUAUCAAGCGACCAUUGUUACUACUUUUUGCUUUUUCCUGAGCACAAUCGCUUCUCCGGCUACUUCCAGGACGGGACCUAUCGUUCAGCGCCACGGGAUGUGGAACCAUUUGGGAUGUUUUGUCGAUUCUGCUCAACGUAUCCUCCCAGUCCAACAAGAUACAUGUGGUAAAAACACAGUUGAAUACUGCCUUGACCUAUGCGCACAACAAGGUUUUCCUCUCGCUGGCGUCGAGUAUGGUGAUGAAUGCUACUGCGGAAAGGACUGGAAUACCUUCAACACCGUCUGUCCUAACAACUGCAAUAUGACCUGCACCGCCAACUCUCAAGAGAUCUGUGGGGGUGUUUACGCGAUUAACGUGUACGAACGCGCUCAGCUGGUCGAAAAAUGCGGAGAGUGGACGGCUGUUGGGUGUGCAGAAGAGCCCAAGUGGCGAGAAGGCGAACGUCGUAACUUACCUUACCACCCGGGCACUGAUAUCCCAAUCAAAGACAUGACAGUCGAAAAAUGUCUCGAUGGAUGUGCAAAAUCUGGCUAUACGUGUGCUGGGCUCGAGUACGGACAGGAGUGUUGGUGCGGGAACUGUACAGCAAACGAUUUUAAAUACGGAUCGUACGACAAGUGUUAUAUGGGCUGUACGGGUGAUCCGAGAGAGUUAUGUGGAAGUGGCGAGGCUGAGGGGUGGGAAAUCGUCUAUACGAGGAAUGUAGGCACCAGCGGCGGCUCUGGCAGUGGUAGUUCUGGAGGUGGAGGUUCCGGUGGGGGCUCUGGCGGUGGAGGCUCCGAGGGCUCGGGCCAUGGUACUGUCGGCUCCUGGACUCCGUGCGGGUGCUAUCAGUUAGUUUUUUCAAAAAAGUUUUUCCUACUUCCUGACUUGACUGGCAAUAUUACAGGAAACCGCUCCUGUAAGUCUCAAAUAGUCUUUCUUUACCCUUCUCACGUUUCUUUCUCUCUAGUGGCCUACUCGACUUGCUCCUCCCUCUGAUCGUGGAACUGGAAGAGGCACUGACCGUAGAAGCUUGCCAAGCAGCCUGUCUAGCAAAGGGAUAUCACGGUUGUGCGGUUGACAGUGGUGAUACUUGCCGCUGUGCCGGUUCUUUAGAUGGACUUCUCACGGGGCUCCUUGGGCUUCUACACUUGGGUAAUGGAGGAUGCAACUGGAAAUGUCCCGGAAACAGCGCAGAGACUUGCGGUGGUCGAGGAGCGUUGCAGGCGUAUAGUUAUCGUGCUCAGUGAUAGAAGACGUCCCCGUAACUUUUUUUGGUCGAUUUCCCCUACGUAUAACUCCUUUACUCGUCAAAUUAUUCUUUCUUUUCGUUCUGUG